AUGGCUUCAUACACAAAGCCAAUCUACGUAACAUCGACCCUGCCAUCGACGAUCCCGGUGCCUCCACGUCGUUCACCAAUCUUAGGCGCCACGACCCCCUCGUCUCCCAAAGCCAAGAAACGCGUAGAAGAGCAACAGGUGCCCAGCACCAUUCCCCGCUCAGUCAUUGGCCUCGGCGCAGACCUCCCUCUCUCCAUCCCCUAUGUCGACAGGAGCCAGUUUUACAAGGCCGUCGUAAUCGCUGCGUCUUUGCUGCCAGACCGUACACCCCUCCCGCAGCUGGGCAACUCUUGGGUCCCGAACAGCUACUCUCGUCAAGCUCUGCCACCACUUACCGUCCCCUCCUACCCGCCGAUGUCCCACAGCAUGUAUAGCAACUCGCCUCAUUCACUCCACCCUAUACCGAGCGAGGAGAAUGGUGGUUCCAGGGGUACCAGAGCGCAUCGCCCCGCGACCAGCCCCUGUCUCACCAGUAGGAUCCAUCUCGACGUUACGACCCCGCACCACUACCACUCGCGGCCCGAAUCUAAUUACAGUUGGCGUCCAGAGCCAAUGAAGAGCAUGCGUGGAUUGUGGCCUCGUCGAUCGAGAAUACGAUUGCCCAAGCAUGCACGCCGGAUGCUAUCGAGAGACUUUUCGAGGCGUGGCUUGCAACAAAGAGGCUUGCCAUCGGUCUUGAUUCGAGCACGAGUGGAUCACCGAGAUGAGGAGAUAGAGGAAUACGCGCAAAACGGCGCAUGCAGAGUCAAGGACCAGGGCAUAGGUGGCGACAUCAGCUCGACCCUUGAUGAGGAUGAGGUAGCAGCAGUCAUAUACCUCCUUGAAUACCUCAAGAUACGCUUCCUCACGGCGAAGGGCCCCUCAGGCUCACUCCGCAACCGGCCACUAUCCGCGAUCACCACCACUCACGACGUCUUCCCCAUCCUCAUCAAUGCCGGAUAUUCCUCUUCCCUCCUACUCGUUUCACUUGUCUCACUUCGUCAACCUUCCCGCCCACACCGAAAUCGUAUGCUUUGUAUGUUCAAGUAA